UUCACCCGUACUGCAGUUUCUAGGAAAGGUAAUUGUGAAAUUAGACUAAAGACACCACCCACUCUGACUGCAUCACCAGCUGCAGAUGGAGCCUGUCCUCCUGACAUCAACCCUCUGACUCUGGAGCCUCCUGUGGUGGUGGUGAGACACGGGGAUCCACUGGAGGUCAACUGCAGCACGUUGUUCAACACCCACCUGGGGAUGCACUGGGUUUCUACAGAGGGAAAAACAAGCUUGGAGGAAGAUAGACAGUUUGUCACCUGGAACGUGGCUGGGGUGGACUGGGGUACACAGGCUCAGUGCAACAUAAAGUUGAAUGGGAGUCUCCAAUGCAGUCAAGACCUUACUCUCACUGUGUACAGUAAGUGUGUCCCAUUGAAUAUGAGUAGAUUCAUUAGGAAAACGUCACCGUUUAGCAAGUAUGAAAUAUAGUGACUGGACUAUUGAAGUCCACUCACUAUACAAUUAACACAUAUAAGCAGGAAGUGUACAGGAUUUUUUAAAAAGUGUGGAAAACAAUUAUUGAGAAAGGUUUUUCUAUCACAGAGACUCCAGACAGCGUCUCCAUCUCUGUUCUGAGCCACUCUGGUCCCAUGGUGGAGGGGACAGAGUACCAGCUGCAGUGUGACAUACAGAACAUCGCUCCUCUACAGAACCUGGUUGUGAAGUGGUACAAAGGGAAUGAACCCGUAGGUAAUGUAACUUACAGUAACAUCAUUAAGACACCAGUGAAUGUGUCAGCUACUCUGAUGAUCACCCCCAGUAGAGAUGAUGAUGGAGCUCAGUAUAGAUGUGGAGCAGAACUGGACCUGGGACCAGAGGGACCACAACCCCAUCCUACAGUGACAUCAGAACCUCUCAACAUUACUGUGCACUGUGAGUUUAUCAAUACUCGAUCUUGCCUCUGUACCCCUGACCAGGAGGGAAAUUCUACAACUGUAUACGUUUAAACUGUCUAAAAGCCCCUCCUUUUCUCCUCAGACGCUCCUAAGUUCCUUCCAGGGAAUGACACAGUGGUGGUGAGUGCAGGUAGUGAUGUGUCUCUGGACUGCAGUGCUGAGGGGAACCCUCCUCCUGAGCUGAAGUGGACCAACAACACUGCAGAGGGAAAUGCCAAUGAGACCACUGUAGGGCCCCUGCGUACUCUCUCUAUCUCCAGAGUAACAGCUAAUGCAACUUACAACUGCACAGUCACAAAUAGACUGGGCUCCAUCACCAAGCAAAUGCAUGUCCUUGUAGAAGUACCUCCACAACAACAGCCAACGAUGUUCCCCACAUUACCCACAACUCCAGGAGCUACGACCACCCUCCCAGCAGCAGCCAAGCCAAAAGGUAUUUACCAGCUCAUCUCUGCGCUCACAUUAUUUAAUUCACCCUCACUUACCUCACAAGGCAGAACAGUUUAUAUUUGAUGUGGAUUUGACAUUAAUGUCUUCAUUCUUGUAUGUUUUUACAGUAGUUACCUCUCCUCUUGAGCUCAACCCUCCCAGAGUGGUGGUGAGAUAUGGAGACUCAGUCUCUGUCAACUGCACCACAUCAUCCACAGUCCACGAGGGGAUGGGCUGGGAGGCCACAUACGGAGGUACAGGUUUUGAACAAGAUGUUAACAUUGUCACCUGGACUGUGGAUCAUCUUACUGAUUGGACAAUAGAACCUAAAUGCUACAUGACCCUCACUAACAGCGACCAACCCAUAGAAGUGCUUCCAGUCAUUCUUUACAGUGAGUAUUUUCCUCCUUGUGAAUGUGAAAGUUAUAUUUAACUGUAUAUCAGCAUUGAGGGUGUUUUACCUUGUUGACCUCCUCUACAGAGACUCCAGACAGCAUCUCCAUCUCUCCUCUGAGCCACUCUGGACCCAUGGUGGAGGGGACAGUGUACCAGCUGCAGUGUGACAUGCAGAACAUCGCUCCUCUACAGAACCUGGUUGUGAAGUGGUACAAAGGGAAUGAACCCGUAGAUAAUGUAACUUACAGUAACAUCAUUAAGACACCAGUGAAUGUGUCAGCUCCUCUGAUGAUCACCCCCAGUAACAUCAGUAAGACACCAGUGAAUGUGUCAGCUACUCUGAUGAUCACCCCCAGUAGAGAUGAUGAUGGAGCUCAGUAUAGAUGUGGAGCAGAACUGGACCUGGGACCAGAGGGACCACAACCCCAUCCUUCAGUGACAUCAGAACCUCUCAACAUUACUGUGCACUGUGAGUUGGCUAUUAAUCUUGAUCUUUAUCAUGAUCAUAAAUCAAAAACAGCACCACAUGACAGGUUUAGCUUCCAGUUGACUCAUUUCGAGUUGAUACUCCUUCUCGCUUUCUCUCCAUUUGCAGACAAGCCAGUGAUUGAACGUCUAAACCUGCACAGUCAUGUGAAUGAGAGUUCCACCCUGGACAUGAUCCUUUAUACUGUCAAUGGGAAUCCUCCCCCUAACGCUGUGUGGUACCAAGAGGGCAGACAGGUCAAUGCCUCUGCACCCCUGGCCAGGUCGGACUCAGGCCAGUAUGUCAUCACGAUCACCAAUGACAUAGGCAGCACCAACUCUACUGUUCACAUCACAGUGGAAUGUAAGUGUGUGAGAUCUAGUAUUGUAUUGCGAGAUGAGAUCUAUCAGAUUGUUUCCUGUAAGAUGCUUUUCUAUCUCCAUCUGUUUUCAAAUUGAGAAAAUCUAUGCUGAAUAUUUCUCUCCCUACUCUUUUCAGAUGCCCCCAAGUUUACCUGUCCUGAUCAAUAUAUUUUUAAAGAGAAUGAAAAUCACAACCUCUUAGUCACCUGUACAGUUGAUGGCAACCCAUCUUCUAAAAUCACCUGGUAUAAAGCCCAACAGAAAGUGGAUAUCCCUCAAAGUCUGACUAGGGAAAACAGAGGGGAGUACACCCUGGUUACAAACAACAAACAUGGACAAGCCUCUCACACGCUUGUUAUUGACGUCUUGUGUAAG